AGGGGAUUGAGUUGAGUGUCUUCUCACUCUAAUUAUAUGUUUUUUCUUUUAAACGCGCAGAAAAUGUACAACGCAUAGCUCCAAGACUGCCCUCCCUCUUUUCUCUCUCUAAAGAUCUCUUCUGCCAGAGGGCGUGUUUGUCUGUAUCUACUAGGUAUAUAUCGGUGUAAAUCAAGUCAGUCGCCGUGAUGCUGUGUCGUUUAGCCGGCUGAGAUUUCGCUACCAGAUUCUCUCUUCUAAGGGAAAGAAGGUGCUCUGUUUUGAGAAAGUUGAGGCACAACUGGAGUUCCUAGUUCUCUCUCUCUCUCUACGGACAAGUAUUUCCAGCUGUGUGAGAUUGCAUUUUCGUGGCUCUUGUUUCGGAUUUCUUUUUUCAAGUGAUGAUCGUCCUUCUGAAAUGGUGCAGCAGAAAGGGAAAUUUGCAGUCUUUUUGUGAAUCGAUAAAAGGGGAGUUCUCUUUUCAGUUGCUGAUCAAACAGGCAUAGAAGCUAUGAGUUUGCUUUCUCAUUCUGAUAAGCCACCAGAUUUCACUGCAUAGUGGAUGUUUGCUUCACAACUGCUGAAAAUUCUCCAAACUGUCCCAAGUGAACUGAAGAAUGAAAGCCGGCAUGAUUCUGAACUUCUGAAUGCAAUGACAGUGUCUUUGAGCCUGCUGAAUAAUUCAAGAGCAUGAAGGAAAAUCAGGAUGCAACUUUUCAUGAUUCUAAAAGUUUCGAGGGGGAUACUGAUCACCUGACCUGUGGAAGCAAAGAAAUAUACAAAUUAGAUGAUUCUAAAAGGGACACCACUCCCCUAGCAUUUGAUGCAAAAGGUAGAGAUGAGUGUUGGAACCUUAGAGUGAUGGAUAACUUUUCCAUGGGUAAUGAAAAUGGAUCUGUAGAUUCUCCAAGAAAGAAAGAUCAAAAUGGACUCUCACAUCAUCUAGGCGGUUGGGAGAAAGAUGCAGAUUCUUUAAGCAAAGAUCAGCAAAGUCCACAGUACUCGCUGAAAGUUGAAGAGGUUACGAUUGGUAAUGGAAAUGAAUCCAUAGAUUCUAGUACCCCAUGUAAUGGUGCUUCUUUGUUUGAGACAGUUACUAGUGUGUUUACUGAUAAAAAUGUAACGGAAUGUGAAUUGCCUGAGUUGGAGGUUUGCUACAAAGAGAUUAAUCAUCAAAUUGUGAAGGACAUAUGCGUUGAUGAGGGGAGGUAUGAGGACCAAAAGGUGAUUGAAAUUUAUAAGGAUGACAAAUCUCGACAUUAUUUUCCCGAGUCUCAUUAUAACAAUAACCAUGGUGAAGAUUCAGGAGGGGUUGGUAAGGAACUCCUAGUAUCAGAUAGAAUAGAAGCUUCCUUCAUGGAGAUCACAAAUGGCACUAGUGCUAUUCAAUGUGGGAGCAAAGAAGAAUAUGAUGGCAAAUCAGUUGAUCAAGGAAGGCUAGAAUCUCCCUCAGACAGCUCUGGCUACAAGGAUACUGCUAAGCAUUGUGAUCCAGGGGACUCAGUGCAGACAGGUGAAGCAAAUCAGGCUGCAAUUCAUUCUUCAGAAGAGGUAUCUCUUGUGGAUAGAGAACUUCCUAUUCAAGAGUUUGGUACAAGAAGUUUCCUCAGAUCUUUCCUCAACUCUUUAGAUGGUGAUGGAAACAAAGUUACACAACCGCCUGAUCAGAUUUCUAAUGGAAAAGCAUCUACAAAGAGUCACGCCGCGUCAUCUGAAGAAAAACAAGGACCAAAGGAAGAUGUUCAAGCUAGCAGCCUACUGUACAAUAGUAAGGUGGAAAGUGGAAGCAUUACUUUCAAUUUCAACUCCCCUGCACCAGUGUUAGCUGGCAUCACAAAUCGGUUAACUGAAAAUGUCAAGGAACAGUCUUUUGACUCGGGGGAUAUGCAGGAACAUAAGGAUGCGGAUGUGGACAAUCUCCCAGAUGGUGGGCAAGUUCAAUGCGCUGGCGACAGCACUGCAGAUGUCCAAGAACCAUCCCUAAUCAUCAAGAAUGGCAAUUUCGAUGGUUCUUCUGCCACUGGCCAUGUUCCACCAGUAGGCAUCAAAGAGGGGAGUGAGGAAAAUGUUCAUGAACAAACCCCAGAAAACAAGGAUGACAACUCUGCUGAUCUUUCUCAAGAUUGCCAGCUUCAGUUUCCUAACAACAAGAGCCAGAGUUCCAGAAAAGAUGAUGUACAAGCUCUUGAGCCGAAUGUUCCAAGGCAUGAACAUAGAAACUCUGGCAAUGUUCCCGUCGUCAGCCAAUUGCAAUAUGACGCUGGAGAGACGAGCUUCUCUGCAGCCGGUCUUAUUAGUUAUUCAGGGCCAAUAGCGUUUUCUGGGAGCCUCUCUCAUCGGUCUGAUGGCAGUACAACCAGCGGCAGAUCUUUUGCUUUCCCAGUAUUACAAUCUGAAUGGAAUAGCAGUCCAGUAAGAAUGGCAAAAGCUGAUAGGAGACAUUUCCGAAAACACAAGGGCUGGAGAUUAGGCCUUCUUUGCUGUAGAUUCUAAGUGCUUCUAUUAUAGGUUAUAGUGCAGAUAUACAUCAAAAUCUUAAUUUAAAAGUCCUCCGAGUAUUGUAAGUAUAGGUGUCGAUAUGACCGCUUUGCUUCUUUAGGGCUUCUUCAAGUUGUUCCGAGAAUUGCGAUAUGAACUAGUACAUGUGCAGGCGCAAUUAUGUCUAAAUUUUUGUUUCAGUAUUUCUUCCUAUAAACAUGAUAUCAUACUCAUGGUUUUCCCUUACUGGGCAUCACUGUCAA